CCUCACCAGCCCUCCUUCCUUCCCAGCGAAAACACCACCGCGGCUUUUCCCGGCGAAGCAGCAGCAGCGGCACCCAUGGCCCCCAAGGCAGAGAAGAAGCCGGUGGCGGAGAAGGCCGAGAAGACCACGACGGCGAAGAAGACCAAGGCCGAGAAGAGGCCACCUGCGUCCAAGGAGGGCGGCGAGAAGAAGGGGAAGAAGAAGUCCAAGAAGAGCGUGGAGACGUACAAGAUCUACAUCUUCAAGGUGCUGAAGCAGGUGCACCCGGACAUUGGCAUCUCCUCCAAGGCCAUGUCCAUCAUGAACUCCUUCAUCAACGACAUCUUCGAGAAGCUCGCCGGCGAGUCCGCCAAGCUCGCCAGGUACAACAAGAAGCCCACCAUCACGUCCCGGGAGAUCCAGACAUCCGUCCGCCUCGUCCUCCCCGGCGAGCUCGCCAAGCACGCCGUCUCUGAGGGCACCAAGGCCGUCACCAAGUUCACCUCCUCCUAGGCUAGGAUGGUUCUUAAUAGUCAGCUGUUCAGACCAUGUCGUCUUGUACGUCUUGAAAUAGUAAUGGUGCUUCUUAGAUCUGUGUCAUGGCUCUCUAUCAUGUAUUCAUGUUCAGUUCUUUUCCCCGUAGCUUCACUUGACAGCGUUCUUGCUAUGAUUCUGUUUGUGUGAGAUCUGAAUCUGCAACUUCUGUUAUGCUAUGCAACGUCUGUUCUGAUUUA